CUACGUCAAACCUUCUCUUCCUACUACCAGUAGCCAAUAGCUCUUUGACUGGACCUUCUAUUCAACAAUGGCUAUCUCGAGUCAGACAUGAGAAACAUUUGACAAGGCUUAAUCCCCAAUUCUGCCCUACGGCGAGAGAACGGCAAAAAUGACAAUGUCCUUGCUAGCAUCACGAAGAGUCCUCCUCAAUCUCAGAUACAGGCCAGUUCAAUUAAGGUCACAUUUCAAAGAUCUCAAAGAAUUCAGGGCUCCUGGUCGUUUCUACUCAAGCAAGACAAUAUCUCCAGCAAGCUCAUCUAAGCCCAAGGCGAAGGCUGGUAGUUGGGGAAAAGGUAAACUAUAUCUUUGGCUCUAAUCAAUUUUCAAAAUUCCUCUAACACGACUAUAGUUUUUCCCGAGAGGUUGAUUAUAUAUCAUGCUGGCACAUUUCAGAGCACGUUUCUAGCAUGUGCAAAUGUGACCUCGAUAUUUGUUUUUGGUGCAUUUUGUGGAUUAAUCGCUCCUAACCUCUUUCUCUACGAUCCUGAUAUACCACUGUGGGUUGCACUUACUAGUAAGUUUUAAUUUGUUUUACAAAAUAAAAACAGAGAUAAAGCUAUAGCUUCUAUCUCAUCCAAACGAAUAGAAACUACAAGAACCGAGUAAAACUCACUAACCAUCCUCACAGUAUUCAUCUCGGGACUCAUCCCCCCAAUUGUCGCCAUGUAUGUCAGUCGCCCAUUCGUUUGCUUCAUCCAUCUCCGACUCCCUCUAUACGCUCGCGCUUCACGUGAAUUGAUGCUUCGCUACGCGAAGACACUACCCAAAGACGCUGUUCUCGAUAUCACCACCAUCAAAAUGUUCGGAUCGAAACGGAUCAACCAAGUCAAAGUUUCAGAGCUCUAUCCAAUUCGAGGCAGACUGAAAUUGGCCAACUAUGGACGAGAUGUGAGUGUGGCCAAUGCCAAAAGACCCUGGUGGAUGCCAAGAGCACUUAGCAAAUUCAACGUCCACACGAAAAAGGAAACUAAGAUUGCUGGGGGAGAAGCUUGGCCGUUGAUUGCGGCGACGAUUGCUAAAAGAGCGCCAAAAAUCUGAAUUGAAGUUGCGUAAAGAAUAGGCAGCUGGUCAAACUUAGUGCAGAAGGGGAGCAAAAGUUGUUACAAGA